GUCAUUUUACCCCAAGCGUAGAAAGCCGGUGCACUAUGUCCCACCCUCUCUUUCCUCCCUCUUUUCGCGUGUUUCAGAAUGGCUACUCGCAAGGAAUCAACGUCGACACCAACCGCCCCGAUGGCUUCCACGUCUCCGGGAGCAACUUUAGAUUCGCCCGUGAAGCAAAUUCAGAUCGAGGGGCUGGUGGUCCUGAAGAUGAUCAAGCAUUACCAGGAGGAGGGUCAGGGCAGUGAGGUGGUCCAGGGUGUCCUGCUGGGCCUGGUAGUGGAGGACAGGUUAGAGAUCACCAACUGUUUCCCCUUCCCUCAGCACACUGAGGACGACGCUGACUUUGAUGAAGUCCAGUAUCAGAUGGAGAUGAUGCGAUCUCUUCGUCAUGUCAACAUUGACCAUCUUCAUGUGGGCUGGUACCAGUCCACCUAUUAUGGAUCAUUUGUCAGCCGGGCCCUGCUGGACUCUCAGUUCAGUUACCAGCAUGCCAUCGAGGAGUCUGUUGUUCUCAUCUACGAUCCCAUUAAGACCGCCCAGGGCUCCCUGUCCCUGAAGGCUUACAGGUUAACACCCAAACUGAUGGAGAUCUGCAAGGAGAAGGACUUCUCAGCAGAGGGGUGAGCUCACACACACACACACACACACACACACACACACACACA